GAGCGAGGGAUCUAGAAACUGAUUUUGUUUCGAAACGAACCAAAGGCAGUGGCAGUCCUUACUAUUACAACGACUUACGCAAGAUUCCCAGACUGGUUUCUUUUAUUUUGUUGUUACUGUUGUCCCGAAAAGGUACCAGACGUAUGGGUGAUUAUAGCCAAGAGUUUGCAGAUAACUCCAUUGUCUAUUAAUAAGAAUGGCUGAAUCAUCAGGCAGUGAAGAUCAAUCCAGAUGUGUUAUGUGCAGUUUUUGUAAUAGACAGUGCAUUGCAUAUCCUACUAAGAAUGACCCCUCUCAUAUUUUGGCAGUUGUGGAUUAUGGUAAAUCCUUUUGGGACAUACUAACCAUAACCCCAGCCUGCAUUAAAUCACAUUGCCACACUUCUCCAUUAUUUCAAAGGACCCACAAGAGUGAUGAUCAUAGUAGUAUGGACUGGAAGGAAGCUUUAGUUUCCUUAAGAAAUGCAAGAACAAAGAAAAAAGAAUGUAUAAAUAUCAAUGGAAUGCAUUCCAAAGGCAUUGUUUUAAAAAAUAAAAUGGAAGACAUGCAUUUUUGUGUAUUCCUGAAAGAACUGAUAUCUUCUGAUAAUUACAGACGAUUAGUAGUCAAUAAGGUUUUAAAGACAUUCAAACGAAAAAGUAAGAGACAAAGAAAACUUUUAAUAGUGAAAUGGUGUUUAUUAGAUAAUCUGCCGCAAAUUAUAGAUUAUGAAUGGAAUGUUCGUAUGAGAUGUAGUGCGAUAGAGAGACAACAUUUCGAUACUGCAAUGUCUUGGUUGUCAACAUUGGGAGGCGCUUGUUCUGCCCUUGGUGACUAUGACAUUCAGUUUGCUGAAAAAGCAGAACAGAUUUCCUUUCAACAAAUGGACAUUGCUCUACGCAUUGGAGAUCCUGCCAUAGUUUCACGAUGUAGACUCUACUUAGCCAUUUCUUUUAUUCAGAGGUGCAGUUUUAAGAUUGCUUCAACAAUAAUCCGGCAAGAAUAUUACUGGGCACACUCCUUUCCUAAAGACUCAAGAGAUAAACGUUUAAUAAACAUGUGUCAUGGAAUAUGGAAGAAAUUGCAGUAUGAGAAAAAGAAAGCCAAUCGUAAUGGACAUGUGAAAUGUUGAACAAGUGUACCAGUUCAAGAAACAAACCACUUUUGUUACAUAAGUUGUAUGCUAAGAAGAGUAGGAAAAGCAGUCUCUUAGAUCAUGCUCUGCCUGUCUCUGUGAGUGCUUCCUUAUUUCACAUUCUUACACAUACUGAUAAGGUAAAUUUGGUAUAGCUCCAGUCAGUCAGAUAAGGAUUUCAUAUGAGUGAAUCUCAGUUAUGUAGAAGUUGAAAUAAGAGUCCUGUUGAUUGGGUGCUGUGAAAUCAGUAACACCUCAACUGUAUUGAAAAUGAUCUGUCUUUUUGACAGUUCUGUAGAGUUAUUUACUUAUUGAUUUUUUAUUUUUUUUUUUUUUUUUUGGUAAGCUUUUGUUAGUCAGAAAUGGACAUUCAUUUUGUUUUUUGUUAUUUUUUUUUCUACAGUACAAGCCAUCAUCUUUUAUGAAAAAGUCUUCUGCAGCAUUAGCUGGAAUUGGUUGUUGAAACUUAGUAACAAGUUAGUUAAUUGUUCCUAUUCCAAGUGGUAUUUUGAUCUGCUAGCUUUUCUGUUUGAGGCACCAAGAUUAUUUUUAUGAAGGUGUAUAUUUUCAGUUCCUGUGGAGAUGCCUUUUGCUCUGCCUUGAGCCAGAUAUUCUGACUGAAAGGUGUGAGCACAUUUUUAGCAGUUUGGAGAACUUUUGGUUCAUAGGUAGUGAGGGCAGGUGGCAGGUGGAUCCAGACUACCUUUACCUCAUUUUAUUACUCAUUCAGUGACUGGUGCACUCUCCUUUCUUCCUGUCUUUUUCUUCUGCAAGGCAGCAGUCAGAAUGGGCAAUGGUGUAGGUAGACUUCACCAUCAAACAUCCGGUCUUAGAGCUUCACCGCUUCACCUCAUAAGGUGUGACUCCCUCUGCUCUCACCUAGAAAGGAGAUAGGUUUGGUUAAGCUGUCAUACAAAUCCAUCCGCUUAUGACUGAACCUGAUACUGAUUGGCUUCCAAACGCAGCACUUGGUUUUCCUUGAGUGAGAAUUCAGAAGAAUCUCACUCUGUCUCAGACCCCUAUCAGUCUUCCAUCCCAGUGCCAGGAAUUGCAGGAGUCAUUGCUCCUGUGUUCACAGUCACGACCAGGAACAAGGAUUGAGUCUUUUACAUAAGUGGUGAUGGUUUGUAUUCCCAUUGGAAGAAAUCACAAGUUUUUAAAAAAUAACUUGUAUUUUCCAUAGGUUGCAAACCAGAGCCAUUUAUCAGAAUCCCAUCACAACCACCUUCCUUAAAACCUGAUGCUGAAAGAAGAAGUGUUUGGUGAAAGCAGGUGGGUGGGAGUUUCCCCUCACUUUCCUACCUCCGCUAAUUAAGUACGUAUCUUGUUACGAAGUUUCAGUGAUAAUGCCAGCUUGUGCAUUGGAAUACCUUACAUAAAAGACUGGUUUGUAUACUUAGAAAAAAUACAAAUUACUUUGGAAGUCUGAUUGUUUAAUUUGCUUCAGGUUGAAAAAAAGGCGUUGACUCAUGGCCUACAAAAUAUAGUAUUAAUUAAGUGGAUCCAGAUAUGAAAGUCACAGGUUGAACAUCAGCUUCACAUUCUGUUAUUCACUUAUGUGUAUGACUUGCAACUUGAUUUUUACAUACUAUUUGUGUUCAUUAAUGUAGAUAUCAUUCAGUUGGAUAAUCUCAGCACCAGAACUAUUUGGUACUACAGUCAAACCUCGGUUUUCGUACAUUUCAGGUUUUGUAGACUUUUUUCUACAAAAUUUUGUCUGUUUUUGUACACUCAGAAAUGCUCCAUCCAGGCCCCACUGCGUGACUGGUCCCCAUAUCGACCGCCCAAACAAAGCAUCCCAUCUUCUUUCGUGACCCAUUCUGCCUUUGUGUUCGUUGUAUUUGUGCUUUUUGUGCUUCUUUUUAUUCGAGCGCAACCACUAAAUAAGCCAUCAUGGCCCAAGAAAGUUCCUAGUGCUAGCCCUUCUGUAAAAAUAGCAAGAAACACUAGAAUUUAAGAAAGAACUCAUAGCAAAGUAUUGGAGGAAGUUGCAUGCCGAUCUCAGUGAGAAAAUGCUUACAAGAAGUGCUGCUGUUAGUGAUUAUAAGGCCAGUAGAGGCUGGUUUGAAAAAUUUAGAAAACAAAUGAGCGUACAUAAUGUGCCUACUUCAGGGAUUAAGGACAUGUUUGCAAAGUGGAAUGAUGUAAAAAAUGUUGUGAAGAAUUAUCUUCCCAAGACAAAAGUUGUAAUCCAUGUCUCCAACAUGUUUAAUGACAAUGCCGUGUUUAACUUUAGGCAAAUUUUAAAGAAAUGCCAGAAACAAAUGUGUCUGGACAGUUUUGUUGUGUGACAGGGGUCCAGUAACUCUCAAGUUGGUCCUAGUACCAGUAAAAAACAAAGAGAAGUAACCCCAGAUAGGUUCUUGAUUCCUGAAGUCCUGGAGGGAGAUUCCCCUUCCAAACAAUAACCUCUCCUCCUCCCUUUCCCCUCCUCUCCAUCUUCCAUAUGCUAAGAAGUGUUUUCCAUAAAGGUAAGAGUGAUGUUAAAUGAUCAUUUAUUAAUUUCAUUAGUCAUUUAUAUUUAUUUCUCUUUGUUUUUUGUAUGUAAAACUGUGUUUAUUCCCUAUAAAAUGUACUUUUUAACAAUAUUUUUGGGGUCUUGGACGCAUUACUUAAUUGUAUUUUCAUUAUUCCUUAUGGGAAUUAUUGUUUCAGAUUUCAUGGGAGGUUCCGGAAUGAAUUAUGUACGAAAACCGAGGUUCCACUCUUUAAUAACUGAAAAUAUUAUUCUGAGUUUUAGUAUAAGUUCUUAAUUUGGUCAAUUUUUGCAAGAAGGAAUGUCAUUCACUUUAAAGAAUAGCCAGAUUUUAAAUGGUAUAUAUGUUCAUUCUUUAUUAAUUAGUCGUAUUUAACACAUUGUUUGUAUGUGGUAGUGAAUGCAAUCUUGUGCAUUGUUUCUUUUCUACAGAACUGAACCGCUCAGUGCAUCGUGAUUGUAGCUGUACCACUAAUGUGUGUCUUUUGUAAGGAAACUAAUGUACAGUAUUCACUUAUAAUUGUUUAAUUUCAUAAUUCAGAUUUGUGAAAGGUGAAACUGCCUAGGUUUUCAGCACUUAGAGCAAGCUCAGAUGGUUACAAUAAUAUCAUCUUUGCUCAUCAUACCAUAGGCUACCACAGUUUUCUUGUAGUGCUUCAAGCUAAUACUGCUUAGAUUCACUUGUUUUAAAGUUGUUUACAUUAUUCCAGGAAAGUUAGUUUCAUAAAUUUUAUAUUGUUUAUUGUGGUUUGAUAUAAUAUCCUGUGAUCUUGCAUGUCAAGUCCUGCUGUACAGUUUAAAUAGGUGGAGGUCAUUUAGUGCUGAUUAAUCAGAUGGUGAUCACAUAAUGUUGUACUGGACAGGGACUUAUAAUUGUAGGCUAAAGACAUGGCCAUCAAAGCACACAGGAAAGGUUAGGGAAUUUUGAAUUCUGAAAGGUACUAGGAGACCAAGACUAGAUUUGAAGGCAGUGUGGUCAAAACCUGAGGCUAUGCAUUUGAACUCUUACUACAUUAACACAAGGAAGUAGUUUUGCAUUUGAUCCAGACACAGACAAAACAUAACCAGGUGACUUAGACAUGGGCAGAUGAGUCAGCAGGAAUUCAGAGAUGACAGUAUUAAUGAUAUAUUUUCUUAAUGUAGUAUACAAUCAAUUUUCCCUUGAAGGAUGCAGUAGUCAGGGUAUGGUUUCUCCAAGCCUUUGCCUAAUUACAUUAUUAGGAAUAGGGCUAUUAUCCUGAGGUACUUGAGUAUCAUUGUGUCCAUUAUCACUGGACACAUCACUCUCAUCAUGUCCAUGAUUGUAUUUCAUAGGAAAACAGAUUCCUUUCUCCAGCUAAAACUUAGUGAUUGCCACAGCAUAUUUAGUGCAGACUUGGAUGGGAACUCUACUUCAAGAUUAGAUAUGAGAACUAAUUCAGUACACUAGAAGAAUAGAGGGAAAUGUUCAUUAGGUAUUAGUACAGUAUAUACCAGACAAAUGUUAUUCACAUUAAACAAAAGUGAGUCGUGUAUGCAUAUGUAAUAAGUGAAAAAUGAAACUGUUGGGAAAAGAAGCAGAGCAAGAAUGUUAUAUAUUGGAGAAUAAUAGUGCAGCUCAAGGUAUUCACAAACAUCAGGAUUAAAAUUUUCAUUAGAGUAUGCAUAUUUGCACUUGAACCAUGUAAAGGGUAAAACCUUUUAAAUAUUAGAUUUGAUUUGAGAUAGUAUGGUGUGACAACCUGUUGCUAGGGCCAAUAAGUUAUCCAUUACCAUGAAACCCAUUAAAGAGUAGUGUUCAGCCUUCCCCACCACAAAGUCUUAAGUCAAAGUCUGUAGGCAUUUGGAAUUAUUUUUACUUCCUUAUUCCUUCUGAUGUGUGAAUUCCUUAUUAUGAUGUAUCUAAAUUUUUUAAAAAUAUAUUUAUCGUUCUGUAAUAAAUACAAUAUUCUUGCUCCAUUUCUUCUUUCCUUUACAUUUUUCUCUUUAGCAUACGUAUUAGGUGCAUAUACCUUAGAUAAAGUUAGUGUAGUUUACAUAAAGGGUUUCUCUUCAGAUUAAGUCUUGAAUAGUUUACUUGCUGUUUGUUUGUCUGUCAGUUUGAACUCUUUAUUUGUAGGAUGUCAUUCAUGAGCUCAGGGGUUCACUCACAAUAGUGAUAAUACAUAAUUAUGGGAAGGCAGUUGAACAGCCAGCUCCAUCGUCAUCAUGUAUUUUGAGCCCACUGCACAUAUAACUGUACAAAUGUAUAAUUCAUUUUUACAACUAAGUAAUCAAGCAUCAUUGACAUACAGAUGAUGCAGAGGUAACAGAUCAGUUAUUUAUGAGAAGUUAUUAUAAUUAAAUUAUUAUUAUAUUACUGUAUUAUUAAUAUUAGGUAGUUCUUCCAGACAACUUUGUUAAAUUCUUAUAUCUCAUAGGGAUGAUCGGUUACAGGAAUAAAUGAUUAACUUUUUUAUCUAAAGUCAGACAAGGUAAUCUGAAAAGACUAGCAUUGCCUUCCUCAACUGGUCCAACUCAAAUAUUGUAUGGGGUUUGUUUCCUGUAUGACCUAUUCCUGCUGAGAGCAACCAGAUUUGCAGAACAACAUCACCAACAUGCACUAAAUGUGCCUCAUUGUAGAACUAAUUUUCAGAGGUCUUUUAUUCUUCACACCCAUUGGACUGUGGAACUGUCUCCCUUAGGAUGUUGUGCAAUGGGAGCUUCUAAAAUUCAAGCAAAAAUACAAUGCAUUACUACUCUAAUGCUAUUCUCCUUGCAUUCUAAUAUAUUUUAAUGUAUUUAUUAAUUUGUUUCUUUUAAUAGUGAAAUCUCUUUCUGUAUUUCCAUGUACCUUCUCUUCUUCCUAAUGAACACCAUAUGCUUUGGAAGCUUGAUUCAAGUUAAUGGCCCCUGUGAGCUUGUUCCAUAUGAAUAGGGUUCUUCUGAAUAAUGAUAAUAAUAUGAAAAUUUAAAGUCUGUUAAAUACAAACCUCUUAUUAUACUUCUGAAAUGAUCACUUGGCAAAGUAUCAAAUGAUAUAUAGCCUAGUUAUUCACAGAAGCCAAAGUUCUGUUUUCUUCAGUUAAGCAGAGGCUCUACUGUUAAAUAUGCCUGUCUGAUCAAGAAGCAAAAGGAAAUAAGAGGAUUUUGUUGUAUAAAUGAAACAUUGAUGUUGUGAAUUUGUAAAUGACUAUAGAUUUUACAUCUGAUUGGAAUUAUUUUAUUAGUCUAGAAAAGUGCCUUUGUGAUUUUAUCUUAUUUACAGCUGUGUUUACAGUUGUAUUGAAAGAUGAAAGACAUUUAUGCUUAAUAGAUAUUUUUAUGUAUGGUGGUUUGGGUUUUCAGGUGUCAAGUUGUAAAUAUAUGAUAAUUGGCACUAUUGUAAUACUAGCACGAGAUCUAAUUUCU